AUGGAUGAAUUAUAUUUAACUACAAUUGAUGUUGGACAAUCUAAUAAAGAAGAUCAAAUUAAAACUGUCAAUAGAAUAGAUAAUAAUCAAUUAAAUUUAGUAACUAUAAAUGAAAUAAAUCAAUAUCAUUCAAUGAUAUUUGAUCCAUAUAUACAAUAUAAUGAAUUGUUAUCAAUCAAUAAAGUAACCAUAUCGAAUUUACAAUACCCUAAAAUACAAAUACAGGAACGAUUAUUAGAUAUUUUACAAAAUUUAUUAUUAAUUUUCACCUUUUUACAAUUUUGUAUCAUUAUUUAUUUAAUUAAUCAAUAUGAUAUAUAUUUAAGAUUAAGGUCACCAUUAAAUGAUUUACCAAAUUAUAUAGCUACACGAAUACCAUGGAUACCUGAACAAUAUAAAUUAAAAAAUCAAAUGAAUAUAAUUUGGUGGUCAAUUUGUAUGAUUUAUAUUCCAUUAGUGAUAAUAUUUUGUAAAUAUUACUUAGAGUUUAAUGAAAAUGAACUUAACAAAGAAAAGAAUAAAUGGAUAAUGAAAGGAGAUAUACAAGAAUCUCAGUCAGAACAAUCUUAUAAGAAGAUAGUAUGUGGUAAAAAAUCUCGCCAACUCAUACCAGUCUGUUGUUUUACGACAAGUACAUUUUUAUGGUUAUUCUAUCUUAUAGGUUUUUAUAACUGUUUAUAUUUUAUCCAUUACAAUUAUUGGCGCAAAAUUAUACAUAAUUGGCUUUAUCAAUUACAUAGUUUCUAUUUAUUAAAUUUAAAUGAAUUAUCUAAUGGAAUCUCACAAAUAUCACCACUAAAAACGCAUCAUCUACUAGAUGAUAGUGAAAAUUCAUUUUUGAUCGUUGAUAUUAUUCAAAAGAUGUUUGAAUGUUGUGGAAUUGAUAAAGGGUAUAUGGAUUGGGUAUCUAAUCAUAUGAAAAGACCAUAUUUGCAUACUUAUCAAAAUUUGAUGAGAAAUGUAAAUGAUUCCCAUGAAGCAAAUUAUUCAAUUGAAAUAUUAACGAAUACUAGUGUACCAUUUAGUUGUUAUAAAAGAAUCAAAUAUAUUUUAGGCAAAAACAAUAUACUACUUACUAAUCGUAUUAAUAUUAGUUUAGUUAGUGAUAAUGAAUUAUUUCAUAAUAAAGGAUGUGUUGAACCAAUUUUAUACUUUCUUACAUCGAAAUGGAUGAAAUUACAAAUGUUAUGCCUACUAAUAAUUAUACUCACAAUGAUUCCUCAAAUAAUCGUGAUGUUGGCAAAUAUUCAAAAGGAAGAAUUAUGGAAAAAAACAAAGACACUAAUGAAUACAAUUAUGAACAUUACAAAGAAUGGAAUAGUGAAAUUUAUAGAAAUAACGAAAACUGGGCUAUCUCAAUUAAAAAGAUUUUUUCUCGUACAUAUUUUAAACAUAAAAAAUUAUGAAGGAUACUUUGAAAAAUUAUUAGAAUCAGAUGAAACAUUUUACUGCAAACAAUUAACUAGACAUGAAUUAGGUGCUGUUAAUCAAGAAAUAAAACUCAUUGAAACUACACUUCAAAAAUCUUCAUCGAUAUUAGACCAAAAUUCUAAUCAAGAACAACAACAACAACAGAGUCAACAAAUCAAACAAUCAACUAGACCAGGAAAAAAACGAAAUUAUUACCAGCUAACAAAUCAACAACAAGAACAACAACAGCAACGACAGCAACAAAAACACCGGCAGUACUCAGUGAAAUAUGCUUCACAUAGAAAGUCGAUUAUAUUUACAAAUUUAAAUAGAAUUCCCGUAAAUAAAUUACAUAAAUCAUAUGUACAUAUUAGAUCUAAUGGAAAAUUAGAUAAAAUUAAUUCACAUUUAAAUGAACGACCAAUAUGGAAAUAUACUUAUAACGUAUAAUAAUAAAAGCUUUUCAUAGGAACUUAUAAUUCCUACAAACUAUCAAUGACAAUAUUGAAAAUAAUAUCUCUAGAAGAGAUACAAUUAACACUAAUAAAACACUAAUAAAAAAAUUCUAUUUUGAAUUGAAUAAAAG